AUGAUUGGAUCUCGCACUGGAUUUGUAAAGCUGGUGAAAGAAAAAAAUCCUGCUGUAACUGGAACUCAUUGUGUUAUCCACAGACAAUCAUUAGCAAGCAAAACUCUGCCACGUAAUCUACUGAAUUUGGCAAUAAAAGCGGUGAAUUUUGUCAAGCAUAGCUCUUUGAAAUUUAGGCUUUUCGCAGCUCUUUGCUCAGAUCUGGGCACUGAUUACAAGACUCUCCUGUUUCACAAGGAAGGCCGCUGGCUUUCCAAGGGACACAUGCUGAGUCAUCUUUACGAGCUCAAGGAUGAAGUGGAAAUUUUCUUGCAGAAGCAGAAACAAGACAAACUGUAUGAAGCAUUCAGAGAGGAAGACUUUCAGCUUUCACUAGCAUACCUUGUGGACUUUUUUGAGGCUAUCAACAACCUCAAUUUGAAGUUACAAGGAAGAAACACAAACAUCAUUGCACACUCUGAUGCAAUUAGAGCUUUCACCGAAAAAAUUCAUCUUUGGAAACGAAAAGUACAAGAUGGGAACUUUUCAUCGUUCUCACAUCUGAAUGAGCUUUUAUCUGAGAAGAGAAAACUUGAGCAGUAUGACUUGACAAAAGAGGUUUUAUCACAUCUCGAUUCCCUUGUUGAGGAAUUUAUGCACUAUUUUCCAGAUGUCACAAUGGAGAAUUCUCUUUGGACAUUGGUGCAGAAUCCAUUUAACACUGAUGUGGAGUUGUUACUGGAAUCACUGCAGAAGGAAGCCAUCGAUUUGAAAUGUGACUCGACCGCGAAAAGGGACUUUCAAACAAUGAAUUAUAAGAGUUUUGGGUGA